CGUCUUCUUUGCAGGAAUCAAUGAAUCAUGACAAAUAAGCGACGUUUUGGGAAUCAGAAUUAUGCGAAAAUAAAGCGAACAUGUAUAAAGAAAGGGCAGCUUUUCGUUGAUACUGUUUUCCCACCGACAAAUGCUAGUUUAUUCCUGGAGCAAGGACGUAGCUCGGAUAUCGUAUGGAAACGACCGGCAGAACUUCAUAGCGAUCCACAUCUUUUCGUUGAAGGAGCUUCACCAAACGAUGUCACUCAAGGUAUAUUGGGAAAUUGUUGGUUCGUCUCCGCAUGUUCCGCUCUGACCCACAACCAGCAUCUUUUAAACAGGGUGAUACCCAACGCAGAUUCACAGGAAUGGAGCCCCAAAAAUUGUUACGCAGGAGUUUUUCGAUUUCGAUUUUGGAGAUUUGGAAGAUGGGUGGAGGUGGUUAUCGAUGACCUUUUACCUACAAGAGAUGGCAGUUUGCUUUUUGCACGGUCAAAAACGCCGAAUGAGUUCUGGUCCGCGCUUUUGGAAAAAGCAUUUGCGAAGUUAUAUGGUUGCUACGAAAGCUUGGUAGGAGGUCAUCUAUCUGACGCCCUUCAGGAUGUUUCGGGUGGUGUCGCAGAGACGGUCAAUGUUGCCAAAUUUCUGAAAGCGGGAGAUGCUGAUGCUCCAGACUGUCUCUUCAAAAACUUGAAGGAAGCUUUCGACAACGAGGCGCUGAUAGUCGCUGCAAUUGCGGCGAAUACCAAGGAUGAAAUUGAGCAGACGUUAUCUUGCGGCUUAGUCAAAGGACAUGCAUAUGCUGUGACUGCAGUCAAAUAUGUGGAACUGGAUGCGAAUUCGAAUACAUUUCGUGCUUUAUUUGGCCAUCACGAUCGGGUCAGAAUGAUUCGCCUUCAAAAUCCCUGGGGUGAAAAAGAGUGGAACGGCCCCUGGAGCGACGACAGCAAAGAGUGGGAUCAAGUGACUAUCUCUCAACAGAUAUCUCUUGGUAUCACCAAGGCAGAGGAUGGCGAUUUUUGGAUGCCUUGGUAUUCUUUUGUACAAUAUUUUACCGAUAUCUCGGUAUGUCAGCUGUUCAACACACGGACAGUCUCAACAUCGCGGAGAUAUCACGAAGCUAUAUAUUAUGGUGAGUGGACCACUAAUGGUGUAAAGCGUGGUGCUCCAGAUUACCUUGCGGGUGGCUGCUACAAUUUUUCUACAUUUUGUAAUAAUCCACAGGUUUGUCCUGUCUCUGCACUGAAUGAUGCUUGUUUUCAUAUGUUCUCGCCUACGACGAGGCCCAGCGCGGAAUGGAUUUCUCAGCCACGCAGCGCUGUGACUAUAUGCAUGCAAACAUGCGAUAAGAGAGUACAAGUCCAGGCGAGAAUUAUCUAUGUUGUACACUGUACACAUCAGGAUUAUUUGGCUAAGUCCACAUAUCCAGGAUUUCGAAAUUUGUAUGGAAAUUGUGAUAACCUAUUUAUGCCCAAGUUCCUGAUCUUUCCUGGAAUAAGCGCUCCCGGGCGAUUCCUAUUUGAAAUGCUCAUAGUUUAUUCGAGCUAUGGAAUCAGCGAAUUUCUUUUAGUCAGUGUGGUGACAGGGAAAAAACGAUCAAUCGUAAAACACUUCUUUGUCUUUUUCGACACCGAAACAAUACUUAUUUUGAGUGAUCACAACAUUAACUUCAAAAAGGACAUCGCGGAACACUUCCUUAUGUUUAUACCGAGUGUUUAG